AUGCGUUUCGACAUCCAAUCCUACCGGGCGAUCGCGAUUCUCGCCGUCGUCGGAUUCCAUCUGUUUCCCGAAGCGCUACCGAAUGGCUAUCUCGGCGUCGACGUCUUCUUCGUCAUCUCCGGCUUCCUCAUGUCGCGCAUCCUCUACUCGAAGGCGAUCGACCACAAAACCAUCAAUGUGACGAUGGUUUUCUGUGUGAUCUACUACCUUCUAUUGUUCCUCAUCAACUUCGGCAAACACCUAUUCCGAGCCGAAGUCUGGUGGCCGGCCAAUCAGCUCUACGCGUUCUUCUCGGCGUUGUUCCUGACCAACGUCAAAGUGUUGGCCGAUCAGCGCGAUUAUUUCAAAGCCUUUGAGGCCAAUAUCAAAUCGUCCAACAUUUUCCUUCAUUGUUGGUCGCUGAGUGUCGAAGUUCAAUUCUAUCUCAUCGUCCCAUUCAUUUUCAUCGGAAUCCAUUUCAUCAAGCGUCUCAAAGCUCGGAUCGUCGCACUUCUGAUUCUCGCCGUCGUCUCCUAUUCGCUGACAUUCUACAGCUCGAGUGUCGCGUUCAACUUCACACCGUCGCGCGUGUGGCAAUUCGCUUUCGGCAUUCUCGCCGACGUCGUCAAACGCGCCGAAUCGACGGAACUCAAAAAAUCGGAAAAAUGCGGCGAUCGAGAAUUCAUCGCGAUUCAAUUGCAAUCUGCCCUUCUUGCCAGCUUGUUCCUCAUCUUCUGGCCGUCGACAAUCGCGUCUCAACUGAUUCGGCCGCUGAUCACCGCCGUCGCCGCACUCCUCAUCUAUGCGGACCUUCAAUUCCCAAUCCUCAAUUCAUCAGCGCUCUGCUACAUCGGCGACAUCUCCUACAUCAUCUAUUUGGUGCACUGGCCAAUUAUAUUGCGUCGAAGCGCGUUUGCAACCGAAUUUCUAGACUUGUGCUUCUUCUUAUCCAUCGGCAUUCAUCAUCUCAUCGAGAAGCCGCUGCUCCGCCAGCAACCGUCGAUCGUCGUCGCGAUGCUUCUCGCGUGCAUCGCCGCCAAUUGCGCCCUACUCUACACCGAGUUCAAGCACGCCGACGUGCUGAAAUUCGCCACACCGUAUUCGCCGAAAGUCGACGAGAAUCUCGCGCUGGACAACUUCUUCUGGCAGAAUGCGACGACGUUCAAAUUGUUGCCGACGCCCGAUGACGUCGACAUUCACACCACCUAUUUUGGGCACAAACGAUUCGUGUCCGGCAAUGGGACCCUCAAAUACCUCCUAUUAGGCAAUAGCUAUAUGUCGAAUCAAGCCGAGGCUAUUCGAAUGUCAUUGAAUGGAAACUACUCAACGUUUGAGAGUGUUGGAGUCUUAGGCAAUUAUGUGCUUUAUGAGGACCAUCCGCCGAAGACGGCGCUUCUUGAGAAGAUCACAAAUCGGGUGGCAAUCGAUUACAAGCCUGAUGUGAUUUUGAUAAUUCUAAAACAUGCUGCAGAUACGGUAAAAACGGCAAUGGACAAUCCGGAUAGCGAUCGAAUUCUUCACGAAAUGCGAGAGAAUCUCAAAAUUUUGCAAUCGUGCUCGAAGAGAAUCUAUAUAAUGCGGCCGCUUCCGCAAGCGCCUCUCAAAUUUUUGAACAUGUUCGUCGCCGAUUUGAUGAACGACGCUGACGAGCUCGAUCGAUUCCAUAUCCCUUAUACGAAGCAUAAAACAACCUUCAAACAAUUGACGAAGAGGCUCGAGAAUUUGAAUUGCCCCAAAUGUCAGCUCUACGAUCUGGCUAGUGUACAGCUUCACGGAAAUGUCUACCAUACGUUCGAUCCCGCGACGAAUCUUGUCUACUACGAGAACACCAUUCAUUUCACCCAACCAUUCUUAGAUCUCAUCCAGCCAUUCUAUUCGAAUCUCACCAGCAACAUACAACUUUAA